AUGUCGCUCUUCAACCUCUUCAACGACUCUUUCUUCUCCGACUUUGACCGCAAGUUCGACGAGGCCGUCGCCCGUCGCACCGCGUCACCCCCGGCGAUAACCAGCUCGCAGGCCGUGACGACUUCCGUCCUCCGGCCCAGGAUCGACGUCCACGAGGACAAGGAGAAGAACCUCGUCACCGCGACGUUUGAGCUCCCGGGGAUCAACAAGCAGGACGUCAGCAUCGACGUCCACGACAGCUUCCUCACUGUCUCGGGCGAGACCAAGACGGAGACGAACCGGGACGAGGGCGGGGUCGUCCUCCGCGAGCGCCGCUACGGCAAGUUCUCGCGCUCGGUGCCCGUUCCGGAGGGCGUCAAGCCCGAGGACAUCAAGGCGGCGAUGGAGAACGGCGUCCUGACCGUCACUAUCCGAGCCAGUCCGCCGAAAGGGCUCCCAAGAGAAUCACCAUCGCCUAAGUCGGCGUCCUCCGCAGUCGUUUCUUCAGUCUCUCUGUAG